AUGGAUUCGCCUAACGCCACCCCUCAAAAUGAGGAAAAGCUCAGUUAUUUGCAAAAGGUUUGGCGUUAUCGCCGUUAUUUGGUCAUCGAACCAUUUUUCUUCUUCUAUUUGAUGGCAAGCAUAUUCAAUAUUAUUGCCAUUUUGAAUUUUCCCCUGGACAAGGCGUGCAGUGUUAAUUUGGGCUAUAGCCGUAUGGUGUGUUCGACAACAUUGGAUAAAUCUGCCUAUGAUAUCGAUUGUGAUGCUUUUAAUUUUGAAAAUGUUACGGAUUAUAGUGCUACGGAAGCGGAACGUGUCGCCACAGAUAUGACACCGGGUUUUAAUCGUACCGUGUGUAAGGCAGAAGUUGGGGCACAGAAGUUGGCCGCCAAUGUUUCGGGAAAGAGAGCUCCGAUUGCUGCAAUUUUCCCAUUGAUCGUGAUGCUAUUCGCUGGCGGCUGGAGUGAUCGUUAUAAUAAACGCAAGGCCUGUAUGGUUUUUCCAAUAAUCGGUGAAAGUUUGAUGUUUUUGUGUCUCUUGGUAUCGGCAAUAUUUUUCGAUAAAAUCCCCAUGGAAUUUGGAGCAUAUAGUGAGGCAAUUGUCCCAGCAUUGUUUGGUGGACAAACUCUAUGUUUGAUGGCCAUUGAUAGUUAUAUGACAAUAUCGACACCAGAAGCAGAUCGUAUAUUUAGAUUCGGUAUUUUUGCCAUGUUCACCACCGGCCUACCCUUUAUAGGUCAGCCCAUAAGUGGGGUACUUUUCAAUUAUCUAGGCUAUACAUGGUCCUUUACCAUGGCCUUCUCAUUCAACAUCAUUGCCCUACUCUAUGUCAUCUUCAUAAUCAAAGAACUCAAGCCACUGGCAACGAAGACGGACGCCACAGAUGCCACGCCAAAAACGGGCACUGAAAAUCCCGCUUAUGAAGUGACACAACUAGAAGAUCUACCCACAGCACCAAGACACAACAACAAUGGCAUUGAUACCGUAGACAAAUCUCCAACCUCUAAACCUGCAAAACGUAAUGCCCUAUUGGAUUUCUUUGACCCAACAUUGGUUGUGGAUUAUGUGAAAUUUCCAUUGAAAAAACGUCCAAAUCGUGGUCGUAUGCUGUUGAUAUUUUUAAUUAUGGCCUAUAUGUUUACCAUUGGUCCGGCUCUGGGAGAGAAUGAUUUCUGGAAUCGUUUUACAUUUAGAAAGCUAAAUUGGAAUGGCAAUGAUUAUAGUGUCUAUUCAACAUUUAAUUCGGCCUUGGCUGUGGCGGGCACCUUUAUAGGAACUGCCAUUCUGAGUAAAUUGCUGAAACUUUCCGAUUCCUUGGUGGGUUUUGUAUCCGCCCUGACAACAGCCUUGUCGAGAGUGCUUUUUGCCUUUUCCAGUGACACAGCCACAUUUUAUGCCGGUGGUGUGGCCGACAGUUUUGCCACCUUACGUGUAAUUGCCAUUAAGACGAUCGGUUCGAGUAUUGUAGAUGGCGAGGAGCUGAGUAAAAUGUUCUCCCUCUUCAGUAUCUGUCAACCAUUGGCCCAAUUGAUUUUCAUACCCAUCUAUAGUGAUAUUUAUGAAACUACUGUGGACUCAUUCCCGGGGGCAAUUUUCCUAUUCAGCGAAGUGUUUGCGAUACCCAAUAUCAUUGUUUUUAUUAUUUGUUAUGUUGUUGUCAGACGCCGCAAAUCUCAAAUGAAAGCCGACACUGCUGCCAAAGUGGAAAAUGGCCAUCAAAAUGGUAAUAAUGCUGCCAUACAAAACGGAGAUUCCGAAAUAACUAGUCUGUAG